AUGUCACCUGCUGCUCUUGCUGAGAUGCAGCCGGAUCUGCAACAUGAUCAGCUUCAGGCUGUGGGAAAGGCCUUCGAUGCCCUACUGCUAACCGUUUAUCGACUUACUCACAGACAAAAUGAGAUGUUCCAGCAUAUGGACAAGGUCUUCAAGGAGUACUCCGAUGUUAUAGAAACACUGCCUCCUCAAGAUAGACCUCGUGCACUGGACGUUCGUACCAAACUGCUCGCGCAGCAAGAAGAAUACCGUCAGGGCCUCGUACACAGCAAGCCUCGGGUGGAGGAACAACCGCUGAAUUCCAAGGAUGUAAUCAAGACCCUCGUUGCACACCAAAAUGUAGACGAAAAUACCACUGCGGCCAUCAAGGACGGAGUCAAAGGCUGCAAGUCUCUGCUCCGUUCUCAAGAUGGCCUCUCUCAAAGAUCCAAUUCCUGCAUCCUCGCGCGGGUUCCAUCCCCACCACCUGCGCUGGAGAAGGACUUCACCACCAAUGGUACACAAGGAAAUCUGCAUUGCCCAUUUUCCAAACCGAAUAAGAUGCAGAACGGAAGUGAGGUCCCUAGUGGGAGAAGCUCUGCUCCAAAGAUCCAGAUCGACUCUACCUGUGGGCAUGAGCAUAUCGAUCCUAUCAAAGCCGAGCUGGACGAACGACGCUCCAGCAAUACUCCAUCCGCCCCAUCAUCGAAAGGCGCAUGCCCCGUCUCUCGAUGCCCAAUCCGAUUCCUAGAUCAGCAUUCGCCAGAGGAAAUCGCUGAAUAUGUUGAACGACACAAACAUGAAAUUCCUCGGAGUCAUGCAAUCUGCGUCAACCGAUACCAACGCAAUCCACAGGACAUGCGACACCUGGAUGCUAAGUAUGGCGGGCUCACUAGCAUGAUCGCUGGCCUGGGAGUCAAGCAUCAAGCCUUCUUACCGGAAUGUCAAAACGGCGAGGGCAAGUCCUCAACCUCGGCUUCGACCCAGCGUGUUGAGAAAUGGGCGGAGAACGUGGACCCGGAGACGCCUGGAGCUCCGAAUAAAGAUGAUGAUAAUCGUGAGAGUCACUUCGACCGUCCACUCCGCGAAGUCCGUGUGGGUGAAUCCCCGAGCAGGCCUUGGGGUAUCUCAGUGCCUGUCACACACCUCCCUCCUGCCUCUGUGCCAACCUCCGGUUCGGCGCCUGUACCUAUCCCCAUCGACCAGUCCAAUACAUCGCCCGAGAAGUCUGCAGAUGUCGCCGACGCCAGUGUUGAUGCCCCUGCCAAAUCUGCUGGCCGUUGUCCCUUCGGCCACGGUGCUCCGAAGCCAGCCGAAGCCCCCAAGCCCGAGACCGAAGGACCCUGGAAAGAUUGGGCAAAGGAAUGGCCAAAGGAUGAGAAAGGCCGAACUACAGAAGAGACGCCUGCUCCUCCUAUUCCUGCUCCUGCGAGCGAAGACCCAACUACCAAACCUGAUAUUUCUUCAACCACCUCCAAUCCCUCCCACAUUACCUUCAAUGGGCCCGUUUUCUUCGGGUACUCCGCCGAACAGACAGCCAGCCUCAUGCAGCAGCUUGCGCGCAACCUGGGCAAAUCGUGA